AAAGGUCAUUUCAAUUCAACUCCAAAACGACGUCGAAGCUCUGAACUUCUCCGAUGGCCGGAAACUCCUUACCGCCGGUGAACCUCACCGACAAUGGCCGACCAGUGCUCUUACCUAAUGAAAUCGAAUGCUUCUUCCUCUCCGGCGUAGACCUUCUCUGUGAAGACGAACCUAAUUCAUGGUUCCCUCAUCUCAAAUCCGGCCUCCUCAUCCUCACCACUCACCGCCUUCUCUGGCUCCCCGACACCGCCGUCGCAUCCUCCUCCUCCGCCUCCGCAGUCCAUCUUUCUUCGAUCUCCCACAUUUUCCCUAACAAGAAGUCUCUGAAAUCGGUGUUCGCCUCACGAAGGAUCCGUUUUCAGGUAUCGCCGGAGACGGGAUCGAGAUCGGUGGUUGUGACGGUUGUGGUGAGGGGGAAAGGGGAUUUUGAUGCUUUUGUGGCGAAGUUUUGGGAGAAUUGGAGAGGUAGAGCGUGGGAGGAGUCGGAGAAGGUUGCCAGUUCGAGCUCGAAUGCGGUGGCCGGGGCAGGUUCGGCAUCGAGUGGGAGCGGGAUUUAUUCGAGUGAUGGGACGGUGAGGAUGGUGGGAGUUUCGGGGAUUUUAAGGAAAGAGCAGGAAAUGUGGGAGAGUACUGAUAAGAGUUUGCAGGAUGCUUUUCAGGAUUUGAAUGCUCUUAUGAGCAAGGCUAAAGAGAUGGUGAUGCUAGCGGAAAAAAUGAGGCUAAAACUUUUGUCAGGCUCAAAUUCUCAAACAAAUACAACUAAUGAUGAGGAGAUGGGUUCAAAGGAAGAGAUGCAAGAAUUGUUAUUGAGUGUUGGUAUAAUAUCCCCCGUUACAAAAGAGUCGGCGGGUGCUUUGUAUCAUCAGCAGUUAUCUCGCCAGUUGGCAGAUUUCGUUAAAGUUCCACUAGAGAGAUCCGGAGGAAUUAUCAAUCUAAUUGACAUUUACUGUCUCUUCAAUCGUGCUCGUGGGACAGAGUUGAUAUCGCCUGAUGAUUUGUUGCAAGCAUGCUCUCUGUGGGAGAAGUUUGAUGUCCCAAUUGUUCUGCGGAAGUUUGAUAGCGGCGUCAUGGUAAUACAAAAUAAGUCCCACAGUGAUGAGGAGGUUUUCACUAAAAUUAAGGCGCUUGUUAUGAAGCCUGAUGCUCUUCGAGCUGGGAUAAGUCCUAGUGAUGCUGCAAGGACACUAGGAGUCGCCCCAGCAAUGGCAAAGGAACAUCUCUUAUCUGCUGAGAGCAAGGGUAUACUUUGCAGAGAUGUAAGCCCUGAUGGAUUUCGCUUUUAUAUUAACUUGUUCCCAGAAAUUGAUCGAGAUGAUGUGUAUUUAGUAAAAGAUCAGGGUAUUUAUCCCUCAUGGGUAAGAGCAAUCCCUGCUCUUGGUUAAAGUGGCAAGCUUGCUCAAUUCAAAGGUAUAUCAGACAAAUUUUCAGUGCCAAGAACUGGCCUGACAUGACAUGGCUGGUUUGUGUAUAUUUUUACUCAUUAAUAUUAGAGGAGGAAAAAUAUUACACACAUGUGCUUCAUUAUAUUAGAUUUACAUUGUAAAGAACAUUUGACAAAAUCACCAUGAAGAAUGAUUAUAGUAAUUGAAAGAAGAUACAUCGAAAUAACAUUUUAUUCAUACGAACUUGCCCCUUUGUUGGCAAAUGGAAGCAAAAACUUUGCUCAAAGUUACAUU